AUGGAUAAUCAACGAAUUGUUCUCAAUGUCAGCGGUCUUAUAUUCGAGACAUAUUUGUCAACCCUCAACAGAUUUCCUGAUACUCUCCUCGGAAAUCCUGAGCAAAGAAUUAAAUUCUACGAUUAUGAAAGAAAUGAAUACUUUUUUGACCGAAGUCGAUCCUGUUUUGAACACAUUUUGUACUACUACCAAAGUGGAGGGGUCAUCAGAAAACCAAAAUAUGUUGACAUUGACAUUUUUGUCGACGAAAUAAAAUUCUUCAAACUCGACUCGAAGCUUGUAUUUCAUUUUAGCGACAGUGAAAUGUUUUCUGAGGAAUCUACUCCCCAGAUGCCCUCAAAUUUGAUAAGAAGAAAGCUGUGGCAAUUUUUCGAGUAUCCUGAAAGCUCAAUUUACGCUAAAAUAUUUGCUGGAUUUUCCAUAUCUGUAAUUCUUCUGUCAAUAUGUUUGUACUGCAUUGAGACACUGCCUCACUACAGUGUGCAAAUUGAUGGGAACAAUCAUACUGAUUCGAUUAUUGAAACGUUUUUUUACAUCGAGACAAGUUGCGUAACAUGGUUUAUAAUCGAACUGCUAAUUCGGUUUUUGCUGUGUCCUGUCAAAUGCCAGUUUAUCAAGGGCUUCCUCAACAUUGUUGAUUUAAUUUCCAUCAUUCCUUACUUCAUUUCUCUUGGAAAUAAGUACGCAAAUGGGUCGCCUACAAACAGCUUCCAGAGUAUCAGAACGGUCAAACUGGUGAGAGUUUUCCGAAUAUUCAAACUAACGAGACAUUCCCAGGGACUCCAAAUCCUCGGCCAGACCCUCCGUGCCUCCAUUCAGGAAUUAAUGAUGCUUCUUUUUUUCCUGGGAAUCCUGGUCGUUACUUUUUCAAGUGCGAUCUACUUUGCUGAAGCCACCGUUCCAAACAGUCCAUUCAGAAGCAUUCCCGAUGGCUUCUGGUGGGCAAUAGUCACCAUAACCACCGUCGGUUACGGAGACGUGUAUCCCAUUGGCAUUCCCGGAAAGAUUAUUUGCUCGUUUUGCGCAGUUGCUGGGGUGCUCACCAUCGCAUUGCCGGUCCCCGUCAUUGUUUCUAACUUUGACUAUUACUAUCGCCUCGACAUGGAACGAAGAAACGUCCAGACGAAUCCCAAUAAUUUUCAUUCUUAUGGCCGUGUCCUGACAGAUUAUCGUGGUCUGCCAAAUUGCAAUCGUAGCUUACUGAUUCGUCGUCUCGAUAGCAGGAAUAACGUUCGUCUCUGUGGAAACUCAGUUGGUGGGGAAUAUUCUUCAAUAAAUUUCAGACAAUACAUGCUUCGACACGAAAACACUGAGAGGCCCCACCUUAGCGAAAAUUCCCAGCUCCGACACUUGCGUCACCGAGGAAUCAAUCACUUGUCCUUUGAUGGGGCGGAAGACUACGGCCUUGUAGGAAACGGAAAACGAAGCGAGUCCCUUCCCGGGGAUAAGCACUCCGUCGCCAAUUGUGUUGAUAUUGGUCACGGAUAUUAUGUACCCGUACCUACACGUAUGUGCCACUGA